UAGUGUGACGGUUCACUCGCCCGUGUCACAGCACACCCCACUCGAGUCCUCUGUGAAACAGCGUGACGUCAAACAGCAGUCAAGCAACUAAAGCGCUCCGCGUGCGGCGUGCCUUUCACCCGGGAUCCGACAGCAACGCGCGAUGCAAACCUGCUCAUAAGGAUCUUUUUCACUCGCUCUUUGGCAAUUGGAUUGUAAUAAAAUGGGACUAUUUGAUGCUCUUAGAGAUUUUAGUUUAUUAACAUGGCUAAGAGAAGAAAGACAGUCCCGGAGGCUGAUUCUGUUGAUCGUUUUCAUCGCUUUGCUGUUGGACAACAUGCUGUUGACGGUGGUCGUGCCUAUUAUUCCAAGCUACCUGUACUCAGUGGAUGAUGAGGCCGCUCAGUCGGUCCGAAAUCACUCAAUGUCCCCGCUGGCCCCAUCUGGCACCUUUCAGAGCAUCGUGUCUCUGUACGAUAACACAACACGUCUGACCGGCUUCAGCCCACAGAUGAGCACGGCUAGCCCAAUGACCCCGGCCCCCACUACUGUGAUGCCCCCUCAAAAUAAAUCAGACUGCCCCAAAGCAGAUGACCAGCUUCUGAAUGAGAAUGUGAAAGUGGGUCUGUUGUUUGCCUCUAAAGCAACAGUACAAUUAAUUACCAACCCCUUCAUAGGGCCUCUAACUAACAGAAUAGGAUACCAGAUCCCAAUGUUUGCUGGUUUCUGCAUCAUGUUCGUGUCAACCCUAAUGUUUGCGUUUUCAUCGAGCUAUACAUUGCUGUUUUUGGCCAGAUCUCUACAAGGUGUUGGCUCUUCCUGUUCUUCUGUGGCAGGUAUGGGGAUGCUGGCGAGUGUUUACACGGAUGAUGAGGAAAGAGGAAAUGCUAUAGGAAUUGCCCUGGGAGGACUAGCCAUGGGAGUUUUGGUUGGUCCUCCAUUUGGAAGUGUCAUGUAUGAGUUUGUCGGUAAGACAGCUCCUUUCCUUAUCCUGGCGGUGCUGGCGGUGCUUGAUGGAGCUUUGCAGCUAUUUGUGCUUCAGCCUUCAAAGGUCGAACCAGAGAGCCAAAAAGGAACUUCACUAAUUACCCUCAUGAAGGAUCCAUACAUCCUCAUAGCAGCAGGUUCCAUUUGUUUUGCUAACAUGGCCAUUGCUAUGCUGGAGCCAGCUCUGCCCAUCUGGAUGAUGGAGACUAUGUGUCCCAGAAAAUGGCAGCUAGGGGUUGCGUUCGUGCCAGCCAGCAUCUCAUAUCUAAUAGGGACCAACAUCUUUGCCGUUUUGGCUCACAAAAUGGGGAGAUGGCUAUGCUCACUUAUAGGGAUGCUUCUGGUUGGAAUCAGCAUUCUCUGUGUGCCUCUCGCAAAAGACAUAUAUGGACUCAUUGUUCCCAACUUUGGAGUUGGAUUUGCAAUAGGUAUGGUGGACUCCUCCAUGAUGCCCAUCAUGGGUUACCUGGUAGAUCUGAGGCACGUGUCUGUGUACGGUAGUGUGUACGCCAUUGCUGAUGUCGCCUUCUGCAUGGGCUUUGCAUUUGGUCCGUCAGCAGGCGGGGCGAUCGCGAGGAGCAUCGGCUUCCCCUGGCUCAUGACCAUCAUUGGUGUGGUAGACAUCCUGUUUGCUCCUCUCUGUUUCUUCCUGCGAAAUCCUCCCGCCAACGAGGAAAAGAUGGCCAUUCUGAUGGACUCUAACUGCUCAAUGAAGACCCGUUCCUAUUCCACCCAGGGCUCCAGCUACCAAAUGGGUGACGAUUUUGAUCCAGAGAGCCCAGAAUAAGCCUCAUCAAAGCCCUCAGCCAUGUAUGUCACCCAGAGUAUCUAUUUUGUUGUAUGAAAGAGGAAAACAACAGAAAGAAAACCACAACGCUAAUUGGUGAGAAUGUCCCAUAUCUGUCCCACACUGUCCUGUGGUCGUGAUGGUCAUGUUCUUCUGAAGCAAACCAAAGUUGUUCUCGUUGCUGUUUGUUCUCAAUGUGGGAGAGGUGAAAUAUCUAACCAACAGCCUUAUCGAUAUGGAUAACAUUUGUGUGAUUUGAGUGAGGAUAAAAGGAAAACGUUAACUAUAAACAUUGAUUUUAUUCAGCGAAACAAUAUUUAUUUUUUCUCAUUUGAAAGUCAGAGAGGGUCAGGAUCAGAUUCAUUCAGUAUGACUUAAUGGACAGAUAUGUACUGGAUAUAUUUAUCGUUUGUCUGUGGUGGUAGGAAAGUGUGGUCUCAUAUAUGUAUCUAUCGGUCCUGUUAGUCUUUUCAUAGACGUAAAUGUCAUUGUAUUUGAGUCAGAACUUACCUUGAAAUGGGCCUUAAAAUGUUGCUAUACGUAUCAUAAUCAGUUCAAACUAUUAUAGAGAACAGCUGAAGAACAUUUUAGGUCAAUUAAAACUUGAAUUUUACGUUUUACGUUUGGGAUGGAUUUCUUUAAAUCUGGUACAUUAUAUGACUCCAUUGCUGUUGCUUUCAUUUCGUAUCUUUGAGAGGAGGUUUUCGAAAAAGCAAAAGGUCUGGCAGCAUCAGAUAAUCAAGCAGAAUGUCAACAAUUCCUCCUGUCACGGUCUGUUUGUGUGACUUGCGUGAUGUCAGCUAAAAAUGAUGUACUGUACUAUCAAAGAUGAGCCACAGAUAAAUUUUGAUUACAUACGGUGACAAACUGUUUCAGUUCAGUUCAAGUAAAUUAUUGCUGUAAAGCAUCCAGAUACUUUAGGUACUUUAUAUUAUAUUUUGCUUUUAAAGUGUAUAUAGUAUAUAUAUAUAUAUAUAUAUAUUUAUAUAUUUUAGUAAGUCCUUUGAAUGUGCUGGAAUGCUAAUACGUUCAUUUGUAAAGAACGCCUCAAUACUGCUCUUUACCAUUUUUCUGCUUUUUUUGCUUCUAGCAAAUGUGUUAUUGAUCUUUUUAAGAACUGAACCGGCUGUGAAGUGAAGCAUGGCCUUAAAUUGAGCUCAUUAAAUCUUAAAGCCAUAUAUGAAAUUACUGGGGUUUUAUCAACACUAUAAAUGUCUAUUUUGGCAAUGAGCUUAAUUAUCAAGUUGGAGGUCUGUGCAGGUCUUUUUAUUUAUUUCUAUUAUUAUUAAAUAAAGAUGCAUUCUAUGCCUUAAAAUCAGACAACCUGCUGCAAACACCAUUUGAUGGCAAGUGUAGCUUUAAAUGUGUUUUCGAGAAACAGAGUUCAGUCUUAUUGUACCAUGGACCGUAUUCUUCAUGUGCUAAAUGAAGCUUAAUCUAGUUUUAAAAACGUAUAAUUCCUGUCCUUUGUCAACAAGUAGAUUGUAUCAGGCAUUUUCAUAUGAGCUGAAAUGAUCGGUUUUAAAGUUAAUUAUCUAACUAGUACACAUAAAGCGGUUUAGAAAUAAGUCUUCAGUAUAGCUUAAUUCUUCUUUAUUUUCUUGGCAUUGUACUGAGGGAUGCAUCCAGGAAAAUAAAGUCAUAGAUAUUUCUGGAGCUACAAUCAGUUUAACAAAACAGAACCAGCCUCUGAGAAAAAUCUUGUUAGCUCAGCGUUAAAUAUCUGCACAACUGAAGGAUGUUUGUGUUGGAUGUGAGGAACGGUGUCCUGCUCCCAAUGUCCUAUCAUAACAACUGCAGUUGAACUGCAUAACUCAUCUAAUAGUAACACUAAAACAAGCUCAAAUUUUUUUAAUGCAAAAUGUAAUAGGAUUGGUAAAUGUGCUGCCAGUGUUUGGGUUGCAGCAGUGUCCUUUAACCUCGAUGUUGUUGUUUUUUUUACCCGUUUACUCAGUAAGGGUCAAGAGUAUUAUGUAAUUUAUUUUCAAAUUGUUUUAUCAGAAAUUAGUGUAUGUGCCAAUGUCAGUGUGUGCCUUCAGACUGGUAUGUCUUGUUUGUGUUUAAACUAUAUCAACUACGAGGUCGAGUUAAUGGUUUUAUAUCCAGUGAUUGGUCUGGUGGUUAGGUUUUACAUCAGCUUUAGAGCUCUGAAGGUAAUGUGUGUGUGUGUGUGUGUGUGACCGCAAUAGAAAAUAAAUGUUUAAAAAGACAUAA